AUUUGCGAACGUCUCGAUAUGAAACGUCCAAGAAGCAUGACAGCUAGAAGUGGCAGUUUCUUUUCCCUCACAGAUGACUUCCAGCUUGUUAUCCCUGAAAAAGGUGAAAGAGUUAAGAUUAAUCAUGGACCUGCUCUUGUUGUUUCGUGCCACUUGUCUCCUGCAAUCAGUGCUGCUGACAUGGACAUUACCUGGUAUAGCGAGACAUCUGUUGUGUGCGCUUAUAAGAAUCGAGAGGUGACACAGGGAGUUGGCUAUGAAGGAAGAGCCAAUCUGUUCAUCCAUGAUCUGGUGAGAGGGAAUGUGUCCUUACGAGUGGCAAACUUUACAGAGUCUGAUCUGGGAGUUUACAUGUGCCAGGUCACCAGUCAAAAUAAAACACAGCAGAUAACUGUCAAUGUAACAGAAGAAGAAUCUGCCAUUUUCAAGGAUCAGCACUUAUUCACAGUGGAUUACAAAAUGAGAGAAACAAACAAAGAGUUAUGUCAACAUGAAUCAGACAAACAUCUACCUGAGAAGGGAGAGGGAAGCUACAAAAUAUCAAUCAAGUCAUAUCACAGUGCUUCAGACAAAAAUCAGCAUGGGGGGGACAAAGGUGAAACAAGUAAGGAAUUGUCAUCAAAGAUUCUCAGAUCAAAAAGUCUUCCUGCAUACAAGAUGUCUGAGGACAACAUGAAUGGACCUGAAAAAAGAAAAUUAUCAAGCCAAGUAUAUAGCAGAAGUCUGCAUGGGGAUUUCAAGAUGGCAUUGUCAAAAAGCAGAAACUUUCAGCUGGUUGUUCCCAGCACGGCAGAAGCUGAGGUUUCUUUGGGGUCUGAUUUGGUUAUUCCUUGUCAACUGUCUCCUGAAAUCAACGCUGUGGACAUGGAGAUCAGCUGGUCUAAAGAUGCAGACUGUGUUUGCCUGUAUAAAGACAGGAAGAUCGCAGAAGGGGUUUGGUUCAAGGACAGAGCGAGUCUGUUCUUCACUCACAAACUUAAAAAAGGAGACGUGUCCUUGCGACUUAAAAACUUCAGGCUGUCAGAUAUUGGAAAUUACCACUGUCAGGUCAUUAAUGGAGACAGAAGAGAGGAGAUAACUGUGAGAGUGAGAGUCAAUCCUGGCAUCCAACCUGUGAAUCAGUCUCCAAUAUAUCAAGAUAAAAAUGCCCCAUCUAUACUACGUGAGGAUGAAAAAAUUAUAAAAGCAACCAACAAAUCACCAAGGCAUCCUUCACAUCACAGUGAUUCAUAUCAGAGACAACAUGUGAGUUUCAACGAGAGGAUCUCAAGCAAUGAUUUUCAACUUGUUAUUCCCCAAACAACUGAAGAAGCAAAGGUUUCUCUGGGGUCUGAAUUGACUGUUCCUUGUUACUCGUCUCCUGAAAUCUGCGCCACUGCCAUGCAGAUCAGAUGGUUUAAGGAGACCGACUGUGUUUGUGUCUACAAGAACAAGCAUAUGAAUGAGGGCAGAGGCUAUAAAGACAGAGUUAGUCUGGACAGUCGAGAGCUCGAGAGAGGAAAUGUGUCUGUACUUCUGAGAAACUUCAGUGUUUCAGAUGUUGGAGAUUAUCACUGUCAGGUCAGCAGUGGAGGCAGAACACAACACAUUACUGUAGGAGUGAGGAUAAAACCUGAAGUACAACCUGUGAGCCAAGCACCAACACCUCAAGACCAAUGUGUCCAGCUAAUGCUGUCUGAGGCAGACAAAAUAUGGACUGAAGAAGAGACUAGUAAAAUGGAUGAAUUUGCUCUGAUGGCAGAGAUGAAUGUGAACAACGAGCAGGAGCUUUAUCGGCAAUUGAUAAAGGCUUACAAUGAAAGAAACUGAACAAGAAUUUAGAGAGACUAGGGUGGCUUAAGAUUAAACCUGCAUGCUCAAGUUUUACAUAGAGACAGCCAAAAUCCUUUUAAACAGCUUAAAAACUGUGUUGUCUAUUUUGUUUUUUAAGAACUUGUUAAAUGCAUGCCAAUUUGUUGUUUAUUGAUUGAAUAACAAAUGUCAAUAUUAGUAGAUGUGAUUUGGCUCAGAUGGUAAGUCUAUGAACAGUCAACAGAUUUUUUGCACUCUUUAAAAGUCUACAGUUUGAUGCGUGUUUUUUUGACAUGCAUGUUAACAACCAGCAUGCGUCAGUUUGUUUCCUUUAAACUACAUUCAUUUCACCAGAUUAGGUUUGGUUGUAUUUAGAGAACAAUGUCUUUAUUCUGGGAUUAGCACACUUAAUAAUGUAAAUCAUAUCUCAAAGCUUUUACCGAUGCACAGCUGUUUUUUUUUUUUUUUUUUUUUUUUUACUGGGGCAUGUGUGUAUGUUUAAAGGUACAAAACAAUUACCCAUUGCACUUGGAAGCAAAUAUUUAUAGAUUUUAAGAAUUGUGUGACACUGUAACAGACUGAACUGUAGCCAAGUAGCCUCGCGUCGUGAAGGAAAGUGCAGCCAAUCAAACAGUUUGGUGUUCCUUCCGUUUUCAGGACUUUUAAGGCCCUUUUUAUUAAUCUUUUCAACACAGAGCCCACCUUACUGCUUUUAUCAAAUCACAAAUCGUAUGAAAUAAAAUAAUAAAAAUAUAUUUGUAUAUUGCUGUCUUUUUGAUUGGAAGGGCAAGACAGAUAUUUGGUGGGUUCGUCCCAUCCCUGCCCAUGCCUAUAGGUGGUCCUGUUGUUAUUCAACUCUUAAAGUAAUAACUCUUCUAAUGAUCUUAAUAAUAAACUCUUAUUAUAACUCUUAGAAUGAUGUUCCAGGACCAAAAUAAUCCAGGAUAUCCUUGACAAAACCACAACAAUCUCUGUUCUAUCUGAUGUUAAACUAACCUGCCAGAAGAAAAGAUUACUUCACAUUGUUUCUCAUCAUGUUGUGUGCAUCUGUGGAAAUUAAGAAAAUCAUGUAAAAAAUACAUUGAUUUGAUUGUCUAAAUUGAUUAAAUUAAACCAAUACAAUCUCUUAAGGA